ACUCUACGGCAAGAGUGACGCCGCUUCAAACGUAAACCGCCUUCUUUGUCGUGAAUAGUGGCAAGCAGAAACAUAUAAACAACAAAACCAACUGCGCGGAUUUGAGCCCAUAAUAGUAAUACUAGCACAUAGACGUUUUCCAAGGCGAUGGCAGCGUCUUCUUCGUCCUCCUCUGCGGGAGGAGUGAGCGGCAGCUCGGUGACUGGCUCUGGGUUCAGUGCUUCAGAGCUCAUCCCUCCAAGGAAAGUCCUGUACACAUAUCCUAAAGGAGCAGGUGAAAUGAUGGAAGACGGCUCUGACAGAUUUCUGUGCGAGUCCGUGUUCAGCUACCAAGUUGCCUCCACACUUAAACAGGUUAAACACGAUCAACAAGUGUCACGGAUGGAGAAACUCGCAAGCUUGGUGGAGGAGCUGGAAGCAGACGAGUGGCGGUACAAACCCAUAGAACAGCUACUGGGAUUCACACCGUCUUAAAUAAACAGACCCAGAUGCCUUUGGUUCAUAAAUAUUCUAUUCCGUCUUUAUAGUUUUAUUCUAUAUCUUAAAUAUUAUCUGGAGAUACUGAAUGUGAGAUGUUUUAUUUAUGACUAUUGUAUGAGCAUGGUUUCUCUUUUUUAAAGCAACUUAUUAAAGCGUACAGCAACAAAUCUCCGUCACCAGUCUUCUUUAUACUCUCAACUAAAUUCACAAUGUUGUCAUAGAUUAUUAAUAUAUUUUUCAGCUGAUGCAGGCUGUCACGUGUUUUCCAAUCUGCCCUUUGCCUCAGUGUAACAGGGAAAUAAUAUCUUUGGUAAUAAAUCCCUUGAAGUGAGGCAUUGUGUUUCUACAUGGCUGCACUGUAACUCAUAAAUCUGAAAACCUGCUGCCUGCUCCUCGGCGCUGCUCUAUGCAGCAGCACCCGAAACAAAGAGAGCUUGUGAAUAAAGUCAUAUACUUGUCACA